AAGGCAAUAUGGUGGACUUGCUAUCAUCAUUAGCGCCCUGCAUAAAUCUAAAAAUCAGUCUGUACAAACUCUCCUAGAGGCCUUGCACUACAUCACCAUGUUUAAGAAAGCCAAGAGGUGCAAUUUCAGACGGAGGAAUGACUCAGAAGAUGAAGAGAAAGAGGUGGGCCAGCAGUCCGGCGGGCCCGGGGCUGAAGACUUGUCGAACCCGAGUGAGUCCACCAGCACCGGCCCCGCUCCUGGAGCAAACAUGCUGAACAAUCACGGAAACGGGUUUCAGCCCGGUGCUGUCAAGUCCAACAAAGAGAAAAAGAGAAAGAAGGAGAACCGAGACCGAGAGGAACCGAAAGCGAGUCUGCUGAGCUUCCACGAUGAUGAAGAUGAGGCUGAAGUGUUCCAUGUGAAGAAAUCCAACCACAGCAAGAAGAUUGUCAAGCAGCUGAAGAAAGAAUUCAAGGAGGAUUUGGAAAAGACCGGCAGUGCCACGGAGGACCAAAACACGCGCAUUGGCGGACCUGCUCAGAAUCUGUCAAUUAAAGAGGAGCCCUUGGAGGGCAGCAGAGCCAGCAGUGAACAGGGAGAAGAAGAAAUGGAGGUGGAUAGCAAUGAGGAACAGGAGGAGGAGGGCGAACAAAGGCCUGCGGGUGGAGCGUUUAGCCAAACUCUGUCGGCUCUCAGCUCACUCAGACCAGGUGAGAUCCCCGACGCGGCCUUCAUUCAUGCUGCUCGUAAACGUAGGCAGAUGGCUCGAGAGCUUGGGGGUGAGCCUCCGCUGGUCGAGAAUGAGGUUACAAACAAGCGCCUCGCUCGUGAAGAUGAGAACGGCGGCAGUGACGACGAAGACGAGAAGAGAAUCGUCUUCAGUGGAGUCAAGAUUAAGACUCAGAGGCAGAAAAUAGCUGAGGAGAUAGGUAUUGAAUGCAGUGACGAUGAAGCUCUAGAUGCUGGGCAGGAUGAGGAAGUGAGUCGCUGGGAGCAGGAGCAGAUCAGGAAAGGCAUUAGCAUCCCGCAGGUCCAAACCACCCAAUCCGAGGACCCAACUAUGUAUUAUCAAGGCAGUUAUGAUGCACAGCCGUAUGGAGCAUCCUAUGCCGUGCCCUUUAGCUACGCCACUGCCACAGUUGGAGCAGACAACAGCAAGCUUUUGAAAGCAGAAGCCUCAGUUCCCUAUCCCAUUCCCUCUUGUGACCUGACCCCUAUAACCACAGAUCUGGUAAAGAAACGUCUCAAAGACAGGUACGGUCUGAACUGCCUGCUCAUUGGCGGCCAUUGUAAACCCUCAAAUUGCAAGUUGGAAUUUCCUAAGAUUUUAAAUCUAAAUUUGGUCUGGUUUUGCCGCUUUCUCUCUCCCAUGCCACAGCAGAACACACUGAACCCCUCGUCUCGGUCGCCGGCCACUUGUCUUCGGUUCAGUUGUCACAAAAAUCAUCAUAUCUUUCAGGUGCCCGUUAUUCUGGAACUAGAGGUCGCCAUGCACCAGCUACUUCGGCAGCGGGCGUCCCGUCUCGUCCAGAGAAGACAGGAUGAUAUUAAAGAUGAAUCGUCGGAGUUUUCCAGCCUUUCAAGUAAGGCUGUUAUGGCACCUAAUUUGGACUCAUUCGGUAGAGAUCGCACAGCCUAUCAGGAGCUGGCCAAGCAGAGGAGGAUAGCUGAAAGAGAAGCCAGACGAACUCGUCGCAGACAAGCUCGAGAGCAGAACGGCAAGAGAGCCGAGCAUAAGGAGGGGCUGUCCAGUGAUGAUGAAGAGACAUCCACUGACAUCACCAGCUUCAACUCAGAAAGAGAUCGCAUUUUAAAAGAGUCGAAGCAGGUUUUUGAGGAUGUGGUGGAGGAUUUCCACUCACUGGACAACAUAAAGUCUCACUUUGAGACCUGGAGAAAGCUGUAUUUUACAUGCUAUAGAGAUGCCUACAUCGGACUGUGUCUGCCCAAACUCUUCAACCCUCUUAUUCGACUACAGCUCAUCUCAUGGUCUCCACUGCAGGUGGAGUGUCCCAAUUUUGAGUACAUGCUGUGGUUUGAGUCUUUGCUUUUCUAUGGCUGUGGGGAGCAGAGCGCCCUGAAGAAAGAGGAAGACACAGAUAACAGCCUGCUUCCUGCUAUUGUGGAAAGAGUGCUGCUUCCUAAACUGGCAGUGCUGACGGAUCAGGUGUGGGAUCCGCUCUCCAGCAGUCAGACGUCCAGACUGGUGACGUUCAUGCAGAGGCUGAUUAAAGACUAUCCGACUGUGCUGCACGGCGACAACCGCAACACACAAGAGCUUCUGAGGACCAUAGUCAUGCGAAUUCGACGGACUCUUGAUGAUGACAUUUUCUUGCCUCUGUUUCCAAAAAAUGUAAUGGAGAACAGGAACUCUGGUCCUUACCUCUUUUCCCAGAGACAGUUUUGGUCUUGUGUAAAGUUAUUUGGGAAUAUCUUAAAAUGGGAUGGGAUCCUGUCUCCGUCAGUGCUGAAGGAGCUUGCCAUGGACAGCACACUAAACCGCUACAUUCUCUCAGCCCUGCAGACCACAGACAUCAGCGAGGAAGACGUCGAGAAAUGCCGCAGGGUGGUGGAGUGUUUUCCUGUGCAGUGGUUCAGCAGCCUGAAAGGACAGCAGACUCUUCCUCAGCUGGAGAACUUCUGCAGAUAUUUGAAACAUCUGACCAGCAGUCUUUACCGCAGCUGUGUGGCUGGAUCAGACGUGGAGAAGAGGAACGUGAGGUAAAGCAGUUUCUAAUGUCCUUGAGUUAACAUC